AUGGCCACUGACAUCGGAGAGGUAGCAGGGGGCGGCGACGACGGCGGUGUCUCCCGGGAUCCGGCGUCUCCACGGGUAGGCAUGGCCUCCCUCGCCGGCGAAAACGGCAACCAGAAGAGCACCCCUGGCCGGAAAAAACAGCUGAGCCUCAUACCGCUCAUAUUCAUGAUCUUCUUCGAGGUCUCCGGCGGGCCGUACGGCGAGGAGCCGGCCGUGCAGGCGGGGGGGCCACUCCUGGCGAUCAUCGGCUUCCUUGUGUUUCCAUUCAUCUGGAGCAUCCCGGAGGCCCUGGUGACCGCCGAGCUCUCCACUGCCUACCCAGGCAACGGGGGCUACGUGGUGUGGGUCACCGAAGCCUUCGGUCCUUUUCCCGGGUCUAUGAUGGGCAACUGGAAGUACCUCAGCGGCGUCAUCAACAACGCCGCUUAUCCCGUUCUCUGCUCCGAUUAUCUCUCCCGCAUCUCCCCUCGCUUCGGUACCGGCGGCGGCUGGCGGGACGGAGCCAUCAUAGGGUUCACCCUUGCUCUUUCAUUCCUCAACUACACGGGUCUAGCGGUGGUCGGCUGGGCGACGGUGGCACUGGGAGCGGUGGCGCUGGCCCCGUUCAUGGUAAUGGGAGCCGUGGCGCUGCCGAAGAUCCAGCCGAGGAAGUGGCUGAGGAGGACCGAGGGGCGGAUGGGGAGGAGCGACUGGAACCUCUAUUUCAACACGUUGUUCUGGAACCUGAACUACUGGGAUAACGUGAGCACGAUGGCCGGGGAGGUGGAGCGGCCGCAACGAACGUUCCCCCCGGCGUUGCUGGGGGCGGGGCUGAUGACCUGCGUCGGCUAUCUGGUGCCGUUGUUUGCUGCGACGGGGACGCUCGAUGUGCCGCAAGAGGAUUGGAGCGACGGGUUCCUAGCCGACGCCGCCGGUAAGUGCUAACGAGAAGAUAUUUUCCUUAGGGCUCUCUGAUUGAGACAAAACGAUCAGCUCAUCCGAUAGGAAAUACGUGAUGGGGCCUUGGGGUCGUACAUUAUUACCGUAAUGAUUAUUUUUUACUAUAUUUUAUUCAUAAUAAUUUGAUAUUAAUAUUUUAAAAGUUGAUAUUAAGAUUUUUCAUAAUGAAUUUAUAAAUACGUAAGUAUUUAUCUCUAAAUGCUACGUCAUUAGUAUUUUUGGAGGUAAUUUCGGAAAGUAGGAUGCCAAGCUCUGUCUCUCACUCUCUCGCUCUCUCGCUCUCUUUCCCUCCCUCUCUCUCUCUCUCUCGCGUAUACAUACACGCACUCAUGUUACAAACAUGUCAGAAACACCGUCCAUUUAACCCUUAGUCUUUCGUCACAGUCUAGAAGAAGAGCCAAAAAUUAAUGGGGGAUAAGGAUGGAAUGGACGGCCUGAAGAUCCCUCAUGUCAUGUGUUAUGACUAGUAGCUAGGGAUUACAAGUUGAAGAUAGAUCCCAGCCAUUGAAUGGUCAUCUGAAUCUAAUCCACAGUAGAUCCCAUCCGCGGUGUCCGGGAUGAUGGGUUGCAGGCAUGAUCGUUGGGAGGUGGCUGAAGAUCUGGGUGGAGGUGGGGGCCGUCCUCUCGGCCGUGGGGCUCUACGAAGCUCAGCUGAGCACCUGCGCCUUCCAGCUCCUCGGCAUGGCGGAUCUCGGGCUCCUCCCGCGCGUAUUGGCCGUCCGCUCCACCUGGUUCGGGACCCCCUGGCUAGCCAUCCUUGGCUCCACCGCGGUAACCCUCGCCGUCUCCUUCAUGAGCUUCAACGACAUCAUCGCCUCCGCCAACUUCCUCUACGGACUCAGCAUGCUCCUCGAGUUCGCCGCCUUCAUCUGGCUGCGCCGGCGGCGCCCCCUCCUGAAGAGGCCAUUCCGGGUACCCAUGAAGCUCCCAGCGCUCACUGUCAUGUGCCUCGUUCCAUCGGGUUUCCUGUUCUUCGUCAUGAUAAUUGGGAGUUGGCCAAUUUACGCCAUCAGCGCGGGGCUGACGGCGCUGGGCGUGGCCGUCUACUACGGCAUGGGUAUCAUCAAGGCCAGAGGAUGGAUGGAGUUUAGUAAGGUGGAGAGUCAUCAAGGAGAGGAUGAAGAGGGAGCAAAUCGUGGGAAAGGGAGCGUGGCAGGUAGGGUGUGA